CACACUAUGUAGUGCACUUCGUUUUGUCGAACGGGAUUCAAGCCUCGUAGAAGGCGUGUGUGUGUGUUCUGAAACAGAUUCAACGUGAAUUAGAAGUUCGCGAGGAAGGGACAGAGCUUGUCGUGUGGAAAGAUGUCACAAGGGAAAUAUUUAGUGAGUGUUUGCGAGCCGUGUGACAGCAGCAGCCAGAGCAGCAUGAUCUCCACCCAGCUGAGGGACAUGGAGGACACUGCAGAGCCCGGGGUGGAGUAUGAGAAGUGCUCGGUGUUUCAUUGCGCUAAUGCGAAGUGUAACCAGGUGCUGGGGGACUCUUUAGGAGCCUGCGGAGAGGUCAAGAGUCUCAAGGCCAUUAUCUGUCUCAAAAUCAGCAAGGAUGUUAGAAUAAGAGGGAAGCUUGAGAUGAGUAAAGAGGGCCCUUUUAAAUUCUGCACUUACAAAGCCCUGGAAUGUUCCGGUUGUCGUCGGUUUGUCGGUCUCGUGCUCUGUUCCACGCCCCAUCACUUGUCCUCUCUGAGAGGCCUCUUCCUGCUGCUGAAAGAAGCCAUCAGCUGCUACAUGCUGAAAAGCUGCAUCAUUGUGAAAGCUUCCAAACUCAGCUUUGAACACAGGCUGCUGGGAAGAAGAAUCAACGAGAUAAAACAGGACCUGGAAGCCCAGCUGAAGCACGUAGAACUUCUGAAAGACAUGUUGGACGACAGCAGGCUGGGACACAGCCAUCUUCCUCUGUCCUCCACAGUCUCCGAUUAGCCUCUCAGACUCUUGUUCAUUAUACUCCUGUAACUUUGUGUUCAUGUUUGUGUAGAUAUUUUCCUAAAAAUAAUUUCCUGUACAUUCGUCAGAUUGAAUAAAAUAUUCAU